AUGGCAACUGCAACAUACAUCUCCACUGGUCAAUUCCCAAUGAUGGGACAGCCAUCGAUGACUUACGAAAUUGAUCCAAUUACCGGCCAGCAAGUCUACCACGCACCCGGUGCCACGGGCUAUGUCCCAAAUACGGCACAUCCACACCAGCAGCAAGUAUUCCUCACCAGCGGCCAGCCAGUCCAGAUGGUUGCAGGUCCUGGUGGCACCGUUUUUCCUCAAAUGAGGUUCCAAAAUCCUAAUACCGGCGUCUAUAUGUCACACCCCCAGUCGAAUAUUAUGUUCUCUCCAUAUGCGGGUGACCUACAUGCGCAUGCGCCACCAGCGUAUAGCGACGUAGAUGCGUCGCGGUUUCCGAAUCCUAGAUCGAGAAAAUCAUCCUUCUCGAUGAGUUUCUCCGCUGGACAAUUCGGGUUUCCUAGCAACCAAAUGGGCCAGAUGGGAAACCAAAUGGACUAUGCCUAUGUCGACAGUUGUGUGCUUUGUAGAGCUAAUCACCCCGGACCACACCCCCAUGGACCUAACAUGGGGGCGCACGACAUGCCAGCCAUGUCUACGCACCGUCAAAUGGCCAUGGAUGACACAAUGUCCAACUCCAGCAAAAUGAGAAACAGUGCAUACUCAUAUGAAGGACCAGCAUGUGAUCCAAUGGACUGGAAUCCUAGUUUCCGGGCCCGUGACCGACGUGACCCUUCUUGGGACUACCGUAGUGCUUCAAAGCCGGAUAUUCGCAACCGAUCUAGGUCUCGGGGUCCUCCAGGACGCGCCGGAAGAAUGCCAUUCAACGGUCCAGUGCUAGUUUCAGAAAUUUCUGAUGACGAUAACUCUGAGGAUGACACUGCUUCCCGAGGAGGUAGGAUGACUAACUAUGGAAACCCUCCUCGUCGUUCAAGCAGCCAAAGGCCACAAAGGCCACAAUCUCGAGGAGGUCGUCCGAUGAGUGCCUCUGGUAAUAAUUACUUGUAA